UACGCUCCACGCUGUAAGCGCUCAGUGUAUACACUUGAGCCAGAGAGAGCACCACAGAGACAAGGUGUCUGUAGAGAAGUCACUAAGGAAAACUCGGGAUACUUUGGCUUUUGAACUGAUAGCGACAAACGUCUCCCGCUGAAAGAAAUGGAAACUACUUUUUAUGACGACUCACUCAACGCUUUCUCCCAGCUCGACAGCUCGGGCUACGGAUACAACAACCCCAAAGCUCUGAAACACAACAUGACACUGAACCUGUCGGACCCGACUGGCACCUCUCUGAAGCCGCACCUCCGGGCCAAAGCCAGCGACAUCCUCACUUCUCCGGACGUGGGUUUACUCAAGCUGGCCUCCCCAGAGCUGGAGCGACUUAUUAUCCAGUCCAGCAACGGACUCAUCACAACCACACCGACCCCGACGCAGUUCAUCUGCCCCAAGAAUGUGACGGACGAGCAGGAGGGCUUCGCCGAGGGGUUUGUGCGCGCCUUGGCUGAGCUUCACCACCAGCACAUGCCCGCUCACACUAACGUGACCUCCGCCCAGGCCACUGUCAACAAUGCACUGCCACCGGUUUCCUCUGUGGCUGGCGCCACGUACAAUAAUAACUCUGCCAUGCGCUCCGACUCUCCCGUCUACGAGGACUUGAACACGUUUAACCCGGCCAUUAGCACCGUAUCGGCGCCCAACUAUACCACCUCGGCCCCGACCAUGUCCUUCUCCACUGCUCCGCCUCAGCUUCCCAUGUACGGACAGCCCUCCUCCGGACAGCUGCCGAGGAUCACUGCGCUCAAAGAGGAGCCCCAGACCGUGCCUGAGAUGCCCGGGGAGACCCCCCCUCUUUCCCCGAUUGACAUGGAGAGUCAGGAGCGCAUUAAGGCCGAGAGGAAGCGCAUGAGGAACCGUAUCGCUGCUUCCAAGUGCCGGAAAAGGAAGCUGGAGAGGAUUUCACGACUGGAGGACAAAGUGAAGACACUCAAGUCGCAGAACUCCGAGCUGGCGUCCACGGCCAACAUGCUCCGGGAGCAAGUGGCGCAGCUCAAACAGAAAGUGAUGAACCACGUGAACAGCGGCUGCCAGCUCAUGUUGACGCAGCAGCUCCAGACCUUCUGAGCCGCAGGACACUAGUGGACACUGUAGUUGAUCCAAACGCUUCCUGAGAUAGUGAGAGGCACUUCUCCCGAUGGGACGAUGUGGCGUGACACUGGCAGGACCGGGGCUCGCACUUUAAGUUCAGUGAGUGCACGCGCACUCCAGGGGUGCGUCCCAGAGAGGGGCCCGGGACAGUGACAGUACCCAUGCACCAGAGGGGCAUGGGGACAAGCAGGAUACUCUUCUGUUUCUGUUUCGCGCCAAACUGGACAGAGUUUUACUUUAUUUGACCAAGUCCUCCUGCAUGGACCUUGACCAUCAUGGACUUCAGUAUUAGAGGAUUUAAGAUCCCUCAAAGAGACUCUUAUAGCCAUAUUGGCCUCAGCCCAGUCCGGCUGUGAUGUCAAGUUUAACAGCUGAAAAGUUGCAUUUAAGCUGCCUGACUUCUGAUUUACAGUACAAUGUACUUUUUCUUAAUUGUAAGAAAUUAAGUUAGAAAGUUUCAAGAUUUACUUGUUUUUUUCUUAACUUCUUUAAUGGGGUUUCACUCAUUGUUAUAUGUAUAUAUAAGAUCAACUUGGAGUACUUAUGUUUACCAUUUGUAACAAAAUCUGUAUAAUUUUUUUUAUGUUUUUCUGAGCACUUCAGAAACCUAUUGAUAUUUAAGGAAAUAAAUGACAGAAAAUUAA